CGCAAGUUUCCUUUUUGAUGCGGCAAGUAGCCUAUAAAUGAAUACCCACACGAUAUCACGCUCUAAUAUUUCUCAGCUGGUUGCAAAAGAAAACUCAAACCCUAGGUGCUCUCCGUUCGACCUCUCGUGGUUCUUCUCUCUUCGCCUCAAGAUGCAAAUCUUUGUGAAAACCCUUACUGGCAAGACGAUCACCCUUGAGGUGGAAAGCUCCGACACAAUUGAUAAUGUAAAAGCAAAAAUCCAGGACAAGGAAGGGAUCCCUCCUGACCAGCAGAGGCUUAUCUUUGCUGGCAAGCAGCUCGAAGAUGGCCGAACCUUGGCCGAUUAUAACAUUCAGAAGGAGUCCACCCUCCACCUGGUGCUCCGCCUGCGCGGGGGAUUUUAAGCGUGUUCUGGUGCUUUUUAGAAUAGCAGUGGAUUGGUGUGCUGUCAUUGUGUGAUGGCUUUGAAUAGGUGUUAAGACCUUCUGAAAUUCCCAGCUUCCGUUGCUUUUUCUACGUCACGGUAUCAAGUGUCAAUGACAUUCUCGCGAAUGAUUUCAGUUUCGUACGGUGGUUCCGAGUGCUGUUUCUUUA